AUGGCUCUCUCCACUGCCUCGAGCACCGAGAACGCUGCUCCCGACGCCGGCCCGCCGCGCAAGCGCGUCCGAACCCUCAACUCGUUUAAGCUGCCACCGGGCCCGCAGAUUGUGCCCCCGGCGUCGGCUGGGCUCUCGGCCUGCCGGCACCUCCACUGCACCUGGGCGUCACACGCGUCGACCGCCCCCGCCCGCAAGGCCAACACCCUCAUCCACGAGACCUCGUGGCAGAAGCACGAGCGCCACUACUUUCGCCACGGCUCCUCUUGCGGCCUCUGCUCGCAGAUCAUCUCCCGCGGCGACUGGCCCAUGGCCAGCCCCGCCCGCUCGCCGGGCGCCUCGGGCCGCACCACCUCACUCCUGCCCUCGCCAACUGUCCGCGCGGCGCUCGGGUCGCCGGGCCGGGCGGCCACCUCGGUCGCCCGCAGCUCGCUGCACCCGCCCCCACUCGCCACUUCGCCUCGAGGCAACACUGUUGCGGCAGGGCCCAAGCCGGCAUCGGGUGCCAAGCGGUCGCCGGCACGCUCAAGCGAGACCAAGCCGCGGUCGCGAUCCCGGACAUCCGGUACCGUCGGCAAGUGCUCGCACAUCCAUUGCAACUUUGAGUCGUCGCGCCGGCAGAACGUGACCCGGCACGAGGCCUCGCUCCACGCGCACCGCAAGCACUUUGCCCACCACUCCAAGGCCUGCGCCCGCUGCCACGAGUUUGUCUCGUCAGGUGCAUGGCCCGCAGACGGCAUCCUCACCCGCGGCACCACCGCAGCCACCGCCACCUCGGCCAUCCGGCGCCAGCGCCUCGCCAACCGUGAGCAGGCUGCCCGCGGCGGCGGAGGCGGCCCCGUCCCCGCCCCUGCCCCCGUCCCUGCCCCUGCCCGCCUGUCACACCCAAAACCCGCUGCGGUCUCACCGCUCGCAUCACCGCGCUUCACCAUGGGCUCCAGUUCGGCCAAGCGCCGGUUUGAAGCCGCAGCCGCCUCCUCGCCGCUCGCCUCUACUCCGGUCCUCGGUCUCGCUGUUGACCCGUUGUCCGAGUCCCCGGCCCGUCCGCGAUCUCCCCGCCGCAAGUCCACCAACUACAAGGCGCUCGUUUCCAAAGUCCUCCGCAAGCUCAACUCCAAGCCGGUCCCGUCUUCGCUCGAACUGGUCCGGCUCGCCUCGCUCUCCGACACGGUCGUCGUCGACAUUCCACCCGACUUUGUCACCCGCUCCGAGGAGCGCGCAAAGACCCGUGCGUACCAUCGCCAGCGCUACGGCGUCGCUUCCAACACAGACUCGGACUCGUCGUCAGACUCGUACUCUGUCGUCGACCGUACGCACACUCUCUCCUCCGCCUCUAGCGCCGCCGCUUCCGACUCGGCGCCGGGCUUCGCCGCAGACUCGGCUGCUCGCGCUCCGCUUGACCCGGAUCGUCCCGCCCCGCCGCCCUUUGCCACCGCCCUUCCGCUGCCGACCUCGGCGUGUCCCGCAAAGCUCUCGGCAUCGUUCCGCGCCCUCGACGGCGCCAUUGCAGAGUUUGGCUCGACGCUCCGCAAGCCGGCUCCGCCGGCGCCGCCAGCCCUCCACAACCGCCUCGCAGACCUUGAGGACGCCCUCGACUCGAUUGGCGACGCUCUCUACGUCCUUCGCGCCUCGCGCCGCCUCCGCCCCCGUCCGCUCGUCUUCCCUUUCACUAACCAACCCUAG